UGGGCAGGGCUGGAGGAUGGGGGAGAUGAGGUGGGAGGAAGCAAUAUGCAGCGCAGCUAGGAUGGGGGCCGGGCAACAGAAGGGCUGGGGCUGUGCCUUUCUGAGCCUGCCGCACCUCCUCCCUUCGCGUCUCCCGGGGCUGAGCUUCCAAGGCAGCCCGCCCCUAAUGUUUGGGCGGAGGCUUCAGCAAAAUCCAUUCGUGAGCUCUGCUUCAGGAAGAGGGUCCUCGCCGCCUCACCUUUCCGUUUGGGGCCACGGCCCCUAUGCACUGUUCCGCUGUUCCGACCUUGCCCUGUGACCAAUUCUGCCCAGUAGGAUGAACUGGACUGCUGCCACGUGCUGGGCUCUGCUGCUGGCUGCCGCCUUCCUCUGUGACAGCUGUUCGGCCAAGGGCGGCCGCGGAGGAGCUAGAGGCAGCGCCCGCGGGGUACGCGGAGGCGCGCGUGGGGCAUCGAGAGUGCGCGUAAGGCCGGCACCCCGCUACGGCUCCUCUCUGCGUGUGGCGGCUGCAGGGGCAGCCGCAGGGGCUGCAGCAGGUGUGGCUGCAGGCAUUGCCACCGGCUCUGGCUGGAGGAGGACCUCGGGGCCUGGAGAAUUAGGUCUGGAGGACGAUGAGAAUGGGGCAACUGGAGGCAAUGGAACUGAUCGAGGAGUCUACAGCUACUGGGCCUGGACUUCGGGCUCUGGGUCCACUCCCAGCCCACGUAUCUGCCUGCUUCUAGGGGGCACCCUUGGUGCCUUAGAAUUGCUUUGGCCCUAGAUCGGGCUGAGCUCCAUCCCAGAUCUGGUUCCUUGCCUGGUCAUCGGGGGCCCGAGGGACCAUCCUAGUGUUUUCCAGCUCAAAGUGUCACUUCCUUUUGCUGACUAUGGUUCCCCAGCCCAGGUGACAGCCUGGGAAUUCUGAACCCACAAGCUUUCUUGCAAUUUGUGGACACUGUCAACUCUCUUGCCCAUCCCGAUCUCCCAGUCUUCCACCGCCAGAGGCAGGCUGCCCUCCACUCUCCAGAGCUGCCCCAGAGGAAGUACUGGGCCAUGCCUGUCUGCUUGCCCUAGACGCAAGAGCAUGAAUAACGCUGACCACCAGGAAGAGGCCAUCCUCAGGUGGGCCUGUCUGAUUCUGCCACUAAAGCCCAAAAGACCUUGGGCCUCCCGUGGAAGCAGAAGAAAUGGACCAUGUGCCUCUGGGCUUCACAAAUCUGAUGAAGAGAACAUUCACUUGGACUGAGGCGUGAGAAAUGUCAGGUGCUAACCACCUGCCCAGAGCAGGUCCUAAUAAUGUCACAGCUCAGGAACAUCCAGAGCAGAAAAUACUCAUCCCAGGACAGCCACUGUGGUCCUCCUUGAACAUGCUGCCAAGGCCAAGCUAGUGUGUCUUCCCCACAGGCUGCCUAAGAGAUCUGUCAAAAGCAUUCCUCACUUGGAACCACUUGGCCAUAAGGACCACUUAACUGUCCCUAAGAUGAGGGUAGGGAUUCCAAUUCGGACACAUUCCAUUUCCUUUGAACUUUAAAGUUCACAAGCAAAGGUCACUUGGACACAGUAUCAAUCCUGCUGGAGCCGUCUUUAUACAUGACCCAAACUGCAAGAUUCCCAUGCCAGUAGACAGCAGCAUCUUGUGUUGGGAGAUGCCCUCCUUUGGAAACAGAUGGAACAGGAAGGUAAGAGAAUAUGGCACAAUUGGGAGCUGGCAGCCUGCACAUUGGAGAAGGCAACGGUUCAUCAGGCCCACUGCUGCUGCCAGAGGAAAGCUAAAACCAGACUCAGUAGGUUGUGAGUUUGGGCUAACACUACUGAAAGUUUUCUGACUAUUCAUAUCCAUCCUGAGGACAGAGCUGAUGUCCAGGGUGGUCUCAGAGAUAUGCACUGCAGUCCUCACCUGGAUCUACCUUUGGGCAGCCUGGCUCCCUGCUGCCCACCAGCACAUCCUUGCUCCAUGGAGUGACGGGUCUCUGGGCUCAGUCAGUAUGCACAAUGCUAGCCUGGCAAAUUUCUGGUUAGUAUACAGGUUUCAAGGCUAUUGGCAGGACCCUAGCCAGGCAUUUUCUUGACCAACAAGUUGCAGGAUGCAGCUCCCUGCAUCUUCUAUCUACACUGCCGGUGCUCUUAGGCACAGCCAGCCUGUCUCUUGCAGACCAAGCUCAAGUCUAAGACCAGCAAGCUAAGGGCCAAGCCCACUCAGGGCCUCAAAGGCAGGUACCACCGAGUCUGGUAUAGAAAGACCCACUAGAGCCCCUUCGGCUUGUCCAAUACCUAUGAGGAUGGGCUAUGUGGAUCCGACCUGCACGUACCAGGGUACCAUGUGUUGGUUCUGGACAUCAUGGAAACAUCACCUUCGAAUUAUUAUUUCGCAUACCAAUCUGACUUCUCCAGGGUGUUUAGCACUUGGCACAGCCACACAUCUUUGAAUACCUUCUCCACCAGUGAGAACCAUAAGACGCUGAGGGAGAAUCUCAGGACGCUUACCAUACUGCAGCCACAAUAAGGGGCAACAGUGGACGGUUAGCCCCUAUUAUCAGCUAUCCACAAGAAGCAGAGAGCCAGCUGAGCAUGCAAGCACUGGUUCAGGCAACUACAGGAACGCCAGGUCAAUACUGGACAGAAGAAACUAGAAGUACUGAGCAGGUGUAGCCCAGCUGGUCCAACAGCACCUCCUGUCUAUAUCAACCAGCCCUUCCCUUUUCCUUUCUAGACAGCAAGCUGCUGGCAGCAACAUCCUUUAGAUGCCUAUGGGUGUACGGAGGUCAACCAUGCUGGGACCUGUGCAAAGGUGAGCCUACAGCAGAUGGUCUCCUGAGGCACAGGCUUGGAAGAACAAGGGGAGAGGACAUUCCUGGGCUUUUCUAUUCCAAAUCUCCUGUUGUUAUCUGUAAACACAUGUAUCAGUGAAGAGUUCAUUGUGAAAUAAAGGCCUCCGCUGGUAGCAAGCUUUCUCCUCAUUGCAGGACUUCAAGACGCUUGAGAUUCUGAAUUAGGAGCCCCGGUCCCUAAUCUACCAAUCCCCAGCAUUCAUUGGUGGAGGGGGAG